ACCAUGAGCUGAGUGUUAUUACGUAGAGGCGCAAAUAAAUUCAACACAAAAAAUAUGUUUCGUAAUUCAAUAAAAUCAUAUUUGAUCGGCCGAACUCCAGAAUUUCAGAGAUGCAAGCACACGGCAAAAUUGGAGGCAAUAAGAGAGAAGCUUCGCGAGGGACCCGGGCUAUCGGAUUUUAUAGCGGAAGAUAGACCCAAGGACUGGGAUGAGUAUGAAGGGAAACUGAAACGAGAGAAGGGAGAACAGGAGCGUUUGAAGCUUCCACCGUGGUUGAAGACCUCUAUACCAACAGGGUCAAAGUUCAAUGAGGUGAAGGAACAACUACGUAGCCUGAAGCUUAGUACAGUGUGCGAGGAGGCCCGCUGUCCAAACAUCGGGGAAUGUUGGAGCGGGGGCAAGCAGGGCAUGUCUACCGCUACAAUUAUGCUCAUGGGUGACACUUGUACGCGAGGCUGCAUGUUCUGCUCCGUGAAAACUUCGCGCGCCCCGCCGCCGCUCGACCCGCUGGAGCCGCGCCACACCGCCACCGCCGUCGCUCAGUGGGGCCUCGGGUACAUCGUGCUGACCUCAGUCGAUAGAGACGAUUUGCCGGACGGAGGAUCAGCUCACUUCGCAGAAACAGUUAGGGAAAUAAAGAGACAGAACAAGGAGAUACUAGUAGAAUGCCUGGUGCCCGAUUUCCGAGGCAAUCGCAACUGCAUCGAUACGAUAGCCAACUGCGGUCUGGACGUGUUUGCGCACAACAUAGAGACCGUGGAGCGCCUGACGCCUUUCGUCCGGGACCGGAGGGCGGGGUACCGCCAAACGCUGAAAGUGCUAGAAACGGCCAAGGAGUCGAACCCCGAUCUUGUCACAAAGACGUCCAUCAUGCUGGGCCUGGGCGAGACAGAUGAGCAAGUCGAGCAGACAAUGAAAGACUUGCGCUCUGUAGGCGUAGAUUGCCUCACGCUUGGCCAAUACAUGCAGCCGACCAAGCGGCACCUCAAAGUAUUCGAAUACGUGACCCCAGCCAAGUUCCAGCACUGGGAACGCAGAGGCAACGAACUCGGGUUCCUGUAUACCGCUAGUGGGCCACUGGUUAGGUCCUCUUAUAGGGCAGGCGAGUUCUUUAUCACUAGCCUGUUGAAAGACAGGAAGGCGAAGAGCUUGUGACC